UUUAGCUAAUAAGCGAAAUUUGUUAAUCUAGUUCGAAAUCUAUUUGCCGUUUAUAUUUUCCAUAUAAUUUGAUAUCCUAGUGCUAAACCGAUCCGCAGAUCCAUAGUUCCUGAAUUUGUAAACCAAAUAGACUGCGAUCGAUUAGUCACUCGUGCGAGGAUAGACGACCCAGACCUGCUAUCAAACGAAAAGGUCACCAAAUUUCUUGAAGCUAACCUUCCGUGAGAAACCGAGUUUGCUUUCUUGAGUUGGUAUCGCCUAACCCCCCAUUCUUCAAGAAAUUUGUGGUAGAUAGCAAGGAUGGAUGAUCGGGUAUCCCAGCCCCACACGACCCCUCGGAACUGCCAGUCCUGCGACCGGCCCGAUUCAGCAGAGAGCGAAAUGGUCCAGUGCAGUGUCUGCCGACGGUGGGAGCAUUUCGGAUGCGCUGGAGUUGGCGGUGAGGUGAAGCAACCGAACGUCAGGUAUGUCUGUAAACAGUGUUCGGCCAAGCAGGGAACGUCCGGCGGAGGUGCCCUUCUCGCUCCGGGCGAGGAAAAGCGUAAAUCGAAAGGUUCGAAGGCGAGUUCUAAAGCGCAUUCGAAAAAGGGUAAAGUGGUUCCUGACCCGCCGAAAACUGUGAGCUCCAGCGUUCGGGCAAAGCUACUGGAGGAAGAACUGAAGUUGGUCGAGGAAGAACAGCGCUUGAUGGAAAUGGAGCUUCAAGAGCAGGAGGAGAUCAAGAAACGACAGUUACUUGAAGAAGAGCGUAAGUUGGCAGAAAGACGUCGUCUCGUCGAAGAGGAAAGUGUCAUCCGGGACCGAAAGCUGCAGGAGGAGCUGGAACUGAAGCGGAAGCAGAUGCAGAUCCGCAAAGAGUCCCUGGAGAAACGCCAAGCCAUUAUCCGGCAGUCAGCGUCGAUGAGUAGCAGAAGCGGUUCGAUUCCGGAUUCGAAUGAAAAGGUGGAUAAGUGGCUGAGUUCGCAGAAGAAUGUUGGAGGAUUGAAAGGACCCCCGGAGGGCGACGACAACGAUGAUACGCAGUCUGUCGAUCAGGACCCACUGGACGCACCCGUCAACCCAACACUUCUAUUCCCCGAUCUCGGUGCGCUAUCAAUCCAGCCGAAUCCCUCGCGAUACCGAAAUCCACCAGCCCCAGGGAUACGGAGCGGUCACGAUCCGGCGACUACACGUACUCCACACACACUUACGCAAGUUCAAAUUGCCGCGCGGCAAGUUCUCGGAAAGGAUCUCCCUACCUUCGGAGGAAGUCCUGAGGAUUGGCCGAUUUUUAUCACCAAUUUCGAACAGUCCACUGCCACCUGCGGUUAUUCGGACGCGGAGAACCUGGUCCGCCUCCAGCGGUGUUUGAAGGGUAACGCCUUGGAGUCCGUACGCAGCCGGCUGCUGCUACCAGCAAGUGUGCCGCACGUCAUCAAGACCCUGCGCACACUUUAUGGAAGACCAGAGCUCUUGAUUAGGUCACUAUUGAACAAGAUUCAGCUGGUUCCCGCGCCCAGACAUGAUCGACUGGAAACGCUGAUCCAGUUUGGGCUCUCGGUGCAGAAUCUGGUGGACCACUUGAAAGCCGCCGAGCAGUUGAACCAUCUAUCAAACCCGGCAUUGAUGCAAGAGCUCGUGGAAAAGCUGCCUGGAUCCCUGCGAUUGGAUUGGGCCAUCUACAAGAACAAGAACCAACUAGCAACGUUAGAAACUUUUGCAGAUUUCAUGUCGGGAUUAGUGACUGCAGCGAGCGAAGUGUCAUUCGAGCUUCCGACACUGGGAGCUACAUCGAGAGGCGAUAAGCGUAAAUCCAGAGACAUCGGGAUCGUUCAUACCCAUGCUACCGAACGAAACCCUGCUUCAUCUGGCGGGCCAUCCGUCGGCACCAGCGCUAAGAAUAGCAAGCCCUGCGUAGCGUGCGGCCGGACUGGGCAUCGAGUUGCAGAAUGUCUCCAGUUCAAGAGUGUGACAGUGGACGAACGCUGGAAACUCGUUCAGCAGAAGGGGCUGUGUCGCACAUGCCUGAACAGCCACGGCAAGUGGCCGUGCCGCUCUUGGAAUGGGUGUGGCAUUGAAGGGUGUCGCCAAAAGCACAAUACUCUUCUCCACACCUCCUCCUCGUUGCCCGAAAAUGUAGGAAUGUCUGCGAGCCACGUGUCGUCAGAGGAUUGCAAGUGGCCGCUCUUCCGCAUCGUUCCAGUCGUUCUCUUCAGCGACGGUUUCUCUAAAACAAUUUUCGCCUUCAUCGAUGAGGGUUCUUCCUACACUCUACUGGAGGAGUCCGUUGCGAAGCAGCUUGGGGCCAAUGGUCAGCUAGAACCACUAACCCUUCAGUGGACCGGGAACGUGAAGCGAAAAGAACCCACAUCACAGCGCGUACAGCUUGAGAUCUGCGGCAAAGGUAGUACCGCCCGGCAUAAGUUGGUUGAUGCUCGCACGGUCAGUCAGCUUGUCCUACCCUCACAAUCGCUCAAAUAUGGAGAUUUGGCGAAACGAUUUCCUCACCUGCGUGGUCUUCCGCUAGAAGACUACGAGCUCGUCCAACCCAAGUUGUUGAUAGGGCUGGACAAUCUACGGUUGUGUGUUCCGUUGAAGCUGCGUGAAGGGGGACCAAGAGAUCCAAUCGGUGCAAAGUGUAGGCUGGGUUGGAGCAUCUAUGGCUGCAUUCCUGGUCAACCAUUUCGUACGGCCAUCGUUAGCUUCCACGUCGGUGCAGUUUCGGACGCUGAUCGCGAGCUAAACGAGCAGCUUCGUGAUUAUUUCACCUUGGAGAAUGUGGGCGUAUCGGGGUCACGUAGUAUUCCGGAAUCCGAGGAAGAGAAGCGAGCCCAAAAGCUUCUAGUGGAUACGACGCGACGGGUGCCGGUCGGAUCCGGCUAUGAAACCGGACUGUUGUGGAGAACCGACAACCCCAGUUUUCCUGAUAGCUACCCCAUGGCCGUACGUCGUUUGGAAGCGCUGGAGCGGAAACUUGUCAGCAAACCGGAGUUAGAGCGUCGUGUGCGAGAACAAAUCGUGGAAUAUGUGCAUAAGGGGUACGCGCACAAAGCAAGUCUAUCCGAAUUGACUUCAGUCGAUGCCGAACGGGUAUGGUACCUACCCCUAGGAGCUGUUACGAAUCCGAGAAAGCCUGGAAAGGUACGCCUUAUCUGGGAUGCUGCGGCGAAAGUGGGCAACGUUUCCUUCAACUCCAAGCUGCUCAAAGGGCCUGAUUUGUUAUCACCUCUUCCAAAGGUUCUAAGCCAGUUUCGCUAAUUUCCCAUU